UUCCACUCAUAAUAUUGCCGAAGCCUGUUUAUCCGUAAUUAUUUGUUUCCGAGGGAUUGGCACACGCAACCGAGCGUACCGGAAAAUUCUUUCGUAGUGCGAAAUCCAAAAAAUCGUCGUGUACGCGGACCAGUCGAAUUUUUGUGUUCCAGUGGACCCGGAAUCGGUACGAGACGAUGCGGGGGGAUUUUUAAAUGAUGAGGUGUGUGCUGAUUUGCCGAUGCGUGUCGAAAAAUUGCUUGCGCCUUUUUAAACUUGGGCAAUAUGUGUCAGACCGUUCUAGUUGGGUUUAUGUGCUGGAAACAUAAAUUAAAACAAAUAUGUCAAGCAUAAAGAAAGGAUCUACCAGGCGGUCAGAUGAUACGAUGGAUGAUGAUUCUGACGACAAGGAUUCGAAACGGAAAUCAAGGAAUUUAAGUGAGAAAAAAAGGAGGGAUCAAUUUAACCUUCUGGUAAACGAAUUAAGCUCAAUGGUCUCAACGGGUGGUAGGAAAAUGGACAAGUCUACUGUUCUCAAAUCUACCAUUUCUUUUCUGAAAAAUCAUAACGAGAUUGCUGUGCGAUCUCGGAUAAACGAAAUUCAAGAAGACUGGAAACCAACUUUUCUAACAAAUGAAGAGUUUACCCACUUAGUUUUAGAAGCCGUCGAUGGUUUUAUUAUGGUAUUUUCCUCAUCUGGUCAUAUUUAUUACGCUUCAGAAAGUAUUGCCUCGCUAUUAGGCCACUUACCAAGUGCUGUGCUCAGUAUGACAAUAUACGAUUUGGCGAGCGAAGACGAACAAACGAACCUGUACAACCUGUUGCUCAGUCCGUCCGAGGAGGAGAAGCAAAUCGUCUUUUCCUGCCACCUGCGUCGUGGAGGUCCCGAUGCUAAAAGUCCACCUACAUACGAGCUGGUGAACUUUGUGGGAUAUUUCAGAAGUGAUGAGGACAUGGUUCAGAGUGAUAAUAGAUAUAGUGGUUACUCAGGAGAAGCAGAUACAAGGCUGGUUUUCGUCGGCACCGGAAAGGUCGUUACCCCCCAACUCAUAAAGGAGAUGCCCCUGGUCGACUCCAUCAAGAGCGAAUUCACUUCCAGGCACAGCCUGGAGUGGAAGUUUCUGUUUCUUGACCACAGGGCGCCCCCUAUUAUAGGUUACCUACCCUUCGAGUUGCUGGGGACCUCCGGCUACGACUACUACCACGUGGACGACCUGAGCAAAGUUGUGAGCUGUCACGAGGCGCUCAUGCAGAAAGGCGAAGGAACUUCGUGCUAUUACAGGUUUCUCACGAAAGGCCAGCAGUGGAUAUGGCUUCAAACUAGGUUUUACAUCACUUACCAUCAGUGGAACUCGAAGCCGGAGUUCAUAGUUUGCACGCAUAGAGUGGUUAGUUAUGCAGAUGUCAUGAAGCAAAGCCGAAAAGACGAGAGCGAUGCGAUGGAAAACCCGGAGACUUCUCCUUCCAUUGGGGGUAACUCAGCUGCACUUCCUUGGCCUAGUAAGGAUGGCGGCAAAAGUAUUGUCCGCCUUGGACCUGCCUCGGACUGUACAUCGGUGUCAGCAGAUUCACCUGCAGUUCGCUCAACGCAGAGAUUGAGAAGUAACCCCAUCGUGAACCAGCAACUUAGCCCUUCUUCACAGCUCCAGCCACACGUCCAACAGCUCCAACCCCUUCAGAUUUCCCUUCCUCAACCGCAACAGAUUUCUCCGCAGUUUUUGGAACCUCCUCAGUAUCUUCAGGCGAUUCCAGUUCAACAGAUGAUAGCGAAUUUCCCUUCGCCCACAGUUUUGUCACCUUUACAGCCAGUUGACAAUAUAGUAUUAUCUCCUGCCCAGAACCAACUCCAGGUUGACCUACAGAGGAAGCACGCGGAAUUGCAAGCCAUCAUCGGGCAACAACAGCAAGAACUGAGGAGAGUCUCAGAACAACUUCUUAUGGCCAGAUUAGGUCUGUUACCAGGAUCUCAACCGCAACCAGUAGUAGCUAAUGUACCUAUAUCGUACCAACCAAGCAAUACGGGAAUAGUCAGCAGUACCACCACGACGGUCCACGGCAUUCCAUCGGGAAUGCCGGGACCACCUGCAGUCCUAGUACCUGUUUCUGUGCCGAUGUCCAUCCCUCUUCAACACCAACAGCAUCAGCACCAGCCAAAUAUUAUUUACAGUGCACCAGACUCGAACACACAAUCGAAAUGAACUCCGUUAUUGUUUUUAACUGUUUAUAAGUGUACAGUGUAGUGGUUAAGGAUGUACUUAUUUAUUGAAAUUAAUUAAGAACUGAUAUCUGUGAAUUUUUAACGUGUUGUCUAUAUUUUCGAAUAUUUAACGAAUCUAUAUCCAUAGGAGUUAUUAUUUUUUAACGAAUGUUAUAAAUACAGAAUGAAAUAAAAAGA